AUGGACCUGGACAUGGUCGUGGACGUGGACGUGGACGUGGUCGUGGACGUGGUCGUGGACGUGGACGUGGACGUGUUCGUGGACGUGGAUGUGGACGUGGAUGUGGACCAGGACGUGGACGUGGACGUGGACGUGACGUGGACGUGGUCGUGGACGUGGUCGUGGACGUGGACGUGGACGUGGAGUGGACGUGGUCGUGGACGUUGUCUGGACGUGGUCGUGGACGUGGUCGUGGACGUGGACAUGGACGUGGACGUGGUCGUGGACAUGGACGUGGUCGUGGACGUGGUCGUGGACAUGGACGUGGACGUGGACGUGGUCGUGGACGUGGACGUGGUCGUGGACGUUGACGUGGACGUGGACCUGGACAUGGACGUGGACGUGGACUUGGACGUGGACGUGGUCUUGGACGUGGUCGUGGACGUGGACGUGGACGUGGUCGUGGACGUGGACGUAGAUGUGGUCGUGGACGUGGACGUGGUCGUGGACGUUGACGUGGACAUGGACCUGGACGUGGACGUGGACGUGGACCUGGACCUGGACUUGGACGUGGACGUGGACGUGGACCUGAACGUGGACGUGGACGUGGUCGUGGACCUGGACGUGGACGUGGACGUGGUCGUGGACGUGGACAUGGACGUGGACGUGGUCGUGGAAGUGGUCGUGGACGUGGACGUGGACGUGGUCGUGGACGUGGUCGUGGUCGUGGACGUGGACAUGGACGUGGUCGUGGACGUGGACGUAGACAUGGACGUGGACGUGGUCGUGGACGUGGACGUGGUCGUGUUCGUGGACAUGGACGUGGUCGUGGACGUUGACGUGGACGUGGUCGUGGUCGUGGACGUGGACGUGGACGUGGACGUGGUUGUGGAAAUGGACGUGGACGUGGAUUUGGUCGUGGAGGUGGACGUGGACGUGGUCGUGGACAUGGACCUGGACAUGGACCUGGACGUGCACGUGGACAUGGACCUCGACCUGGACUUGGACCUGGACGUGGACGUGGACUUGGAUGUGGACGUGGACCUGGACCUGGACCUGGACGUGGACGUGGACUUGGACGUGGACGUGGAUGUGGACGUGGACGUGGACGUGGACGUGGAGGUGGACGUGGACGUGGACGUGGACGUGGACUUGGAUGUGGACGUGGAUAUGGACGUGGACGUGGACGUGGUCAUGGACGUGGACGUGGACGUCUACGUGGACGUGGACGUGGACAUAGACGUUGUCGUGGACGUGGACGUGGACGUGGAAGUGGACGUGGUCGUUGAAGUGGACGUAGACGUGGACGUGGACGUGGUCGUGGACGUGGACGUGGUCGUGGACGUGGUCGUGGACGUGUUCGUGGACGAGAACGUGGACGUGGACGUGGUCGUGGACGUGGACGUGGACGUGGUCGUGGACGUGGACAUGGACGUGGACUUGGACGUGGACGUGGACGUGGUCGUGGACGUGGUCGUGGACGUGGUCGUGUACGUGGACGUGGUCGUGGACGUGGACGUGGUCAUGGACGUGGACGUGGACGUGGACGUGGACGUGGAUGUGGACGUGGACCUGGACUUGGACGUGGACAUGGACGUGGUCGUGGACGUGGACGUGGUCGUGGUUGUGGACGUGGACGUGGACGUGGACGUGGACGUGGUUGUGGACAUGGACGUGGUCAUGGACGUGGACGUGGACUUGGAUCUGGACGUGGACGUGAACUUGGACGUGGACUUGGACGUGGACGUGGUCGUCGAUGCGGACGUGGUUGUGGACGCGGACGUGGACGUGGACGUGGUCGUGGACGUGGUCGUGGACGUGGACGUGGUCGUGGACUUGGAAGUGGACGUGGACGUGGACGUGGACGUGGACCUGGACAUGGACGUGGACCUAGACGUGGGCGUGGUCGUGGACGUGGAAGUGGACGUGGACGUGGACGUGGUCGUCGACGUGGACGUGGCCAUGGACGUGGACGUGGACGUUGACGUGGUCGUGGACGUGGACGUGGUCAUGGACGUGGACGUGGUCGUGGACGUGGACGUGGUCGUGGACGUGGACGUGAUCGUGGACGUUGAUGUGGACAUGGACUUGGACGUGGACGUGGACGUGGAACUGGACCUGGACUUGAACGUGGACGUGGACGUGGACCUCAACGUGGACGUGGACGUGGUCGUGGACCUGUACGUGGACGCGGACGUGGUCGUGGACGUGGACGUGGACGUGGUCGUGGUCGUGGACGUGGACGUGGACGUGGUCGUGGACGUGGUCGUGGUCGUGGACGUGGACAUGGACGUGGUCAUGGACGUGGAAGUGGACAUGGUCAUGUUCGUGGACAUGGACGUGGUCGUGGACGUUGACGUGGACGUGGUCGCGGACGUGGACGUGGACGUGGUCGUGGACGUGGACGUGGUCGUGGAGGUAGACGUGGACGUGGUCGUGGACGUGGACCUGGACAUGGACCUGGACGUGGACGUGUUCCUCGACCUGGACUUGGACCUGGACGUGGACGUAGACUUGGACCUGGACGUGGACGUGGACUUGGACGUGGACGUGGACCUGGACCUGGACGUGGACAUGGACUUGGACGUGGACGUGGACGUGGACGUGGACGUGGAGGUGGAUGUGGACGUGGACGUGGACGUGGACUUGGAUGUGGACGUGGAUGUGGGCGUGGAAGUGGACGUGGUCAUGGACGUGGACGUGGACGUGGACGUGGAUGUCGACGUGGACGUGGACGUGGACAUGGAGGUGGACGUGGACGUGGACGUGGACGUGGACUUGGAUGUGGACGUGGAUGUGGACGUGGACGUGGACGUGGUCAUGGACGUGGACGUGGACGUCUACGUGGACGUGGACGUGGACAUAGACGUUGUCGUGGACGUGGACGUGGACGUGGACGUGGAAGUGGACGUGGUCGUGGACGUGGACGUAGACGUGGACGUGGACGUGGUCGUGGACGUGGACGUGGUCGUGGACGUGGUCGUGGACGUGUUCGUGGACGUGAACGUGGACGUGGACGUGGUCGUGGACGUGGACGUGGACGUGGUCGUGGACGUGGACAUGGACGUGGACUUGGACUUGGACGUGGACGUGGACGUGGUCAUGGACGUGGUCGUGGACGUGGUCGUGUACGUGGACGUGGUCGUGGACGUGGACGUGGACUUGGACGUGGACGUGGACGUGGUUGUGGACGUGGACGUGGACGUGGACGUGGUCGUGGACGUGGUCGUGGACGUGGACGUGGACGUGGACGUGGAUGUGGACGUGGACCUGGACUUGGACGUGGACGUGGACGUGGUCGUGGAAGUGGACGCGGUCCUGGUCGUGGACGUGGACGUGGACGUGGACGUGGUCGUGAACAUGGACGUUGUCGUGGACGUGGACGUGGACUUGGACCUGGACGUGGACGUGAACUUGGACGUGGACUUGGACGUGGACGUGGUCGUCGACGAGGACGUGGUUGUGGACGCGGACGUGGACGGGGACAUGGACGUGGUCGUGGACGUGGUCGUGGACGUGGACGUGGUCGUGGACAUGGAAGUGGACGUGGACGUGGACGUGGUCGUGGACGUGGACGUGGACCUGGACAUGGACGUGGACCUGGACGUGGAUGUGGUCGUGGACGUGGAAAUGGACGUGGACGUGGACGUGGUCGUCGACGUGGACGUGGUCGUGGACGUGGACGUGGACGUGGUCGUGGACGUGGACGUGGUCGUGGACGUUGACGUGGUUGUGGACGUGGACGUGGACGUGGACGUGGACGUGGACGUGGUCGUGGACGUGGUCGUGGACGUGGACGUGGACGUGGAUGUGGACGUGGACCUGGACUUGGACGUGGACAUGGUCGUGGACGUGGACGUGGUCGUGGUCGUGGACGUGGACGUGGACGUGGACGUGGACGUGGUCGUGGACAUGGACGUGGUCGUGGACGUGGACGUGGACUUGGACCUGGACGUGGACGUGAACUUGGACGUGGACGUGGACGUGGACAUGAUCGUUGACGCGGACGUGGUUGUGGACGCGGACGUGGACGUGGGCGUGGACGUGGUUGUGGAUGUGGUCUUGGACGUGGUCGUGGACUUGGAAGUGGACGUGGACGUGGACGUGGUCGUGGACGUGGACCUGGACCUGGAUGUGGACCUGGACGUGGACGUGGUCGUGGACGUGGAAGUGGACGUGGACGUGGACGUGGUCGUCGACGUGGACGUGGUCGUGGACGUGGACAUGGACGUGGACGUGGUCGUGGACGUGGACGUGGUCGUGGACUUGGACGUGGACGUGGACGUGGAGGUGGUCGUGGACGUGGACGUGAACCUGGACAUGGACGUGGACCUGGACGUGGACGUGGUCGUGGACGCGGAAGUGGACGUGGACGUGGACGUGGUCGUCGACGUGGACGUGGUCGUGGACGUGGACGUGGACGUGGACGUGGAUCUGGACAUGGACAUGGACGUAGACGUGGACGUGGACGUGGUCGUGGACGUGGACGUGGACGUGGACGUGGCAUGGUUGUAG